GAGUGGCCAGGCUGACCUGGGCUGCCACAAGAGCCUGGCCCUGGACCCCUCCUGCCUGCUGACGCCCCCCAACACCCCCCAGGGCAUGGAGCUGUCUCAGUCUGAGCUGGAGGCAGACCUGCAGGAGGGAGCAGCAUGGCAGCACAGGAAAGGCAGCUGCCCAAGGGAAUGUUCUGAGAGAAGGAAUGGGAACGUGGAGGAAGAUAAUGUGGAGGAAGAGGAAGUGUUUACUGUGGAGCUACACAGAGGACCUCACGGUCUAGGCCUGGCACUGGUGGAUGGAAUGAAAACGCCUCUGAAGAUGACUGGGAUCUAUAUCAAGUCAGUGGUGCCAGAGUCCCCAGCCGCCCAGUGCCAGAAGCUGAGGUUGGGAGAUCGUAUCCUGGCUGUGAACGGCAUCAGUCUGGUGGGCAUGGAAUACCACAUUGGUAGAGAGCUCAUUCGUUCAUCUGGAGAUGCCCUCAGAUUGCUGGUGGCCAAAAUCGAGUCCAAAUCAAUAGGGAAGAGCUCAGUGAUCAAGUGCUGAGUGGAAGGAAGGUUUCACUGGAGGCUUCCCCAAGUGACAUUUGACCCUCAGAAGGGAGCUUAACCUCUUCUUUCUUUAUCCAACUAAGGGCCUUAGUUGUCUGUCAGUACUUUACAAGACGUGUUCCUCAACCAAAGGAUAAAAGACAUUUGAAAGUUUCUUUUGUUUUGGUGAAUAAUCACUCCUCACUGAGUAUUUUAAAUGAAGCUUUACUGUACAUAGAAUGAACAGGAGGACACUCAAAGCAAACUGAAUCCACUAUUGCUGAAGUCUUCUCUGAAGCACCUCUUUUGAAUGAAUGCAAAAUCAAAACCAAACAUUACAUGUGUAUCAACAUAAUGGUCCAGACAGCUUCCCAAAACAGUGUUUUCUGUUGCCCCCCUUUUCUUUCAGCAUGUGAAUAAAUCUGCAUGGUGAGCUGUCCUUUGUACCCAGAAAACACUGUGGGUUUGGGAGAGUAGAAAAUAACAGCGGUUAAGGCAGUUGUUGCUAGCAGGAUUGAGCUAUUUCAGUGUCUUCGAGGCCACUAUCUACUGACUGCUAAUGGCUAGUGCACAGCAUUCUGUCUGAAGAUUGCUCAGCUUUACAAACGCCAAAACUCAUAAGAACUUAUGCAAAUAUAAAAAUGUUAUAGAACUGUACAUUAUAAUGUAUUUUUGGGGUAAAAACAAUGACCCAUUCUUAUGUCAUAGUGGCUUUAUACUUUGGAUAUUUACUGAAGUGCUAUUAGUGAAAUACUUUCUGAAACACUACAGUAUAGUGAAAGGUUGUCACAGACUCUAUGGUUAUCUAUAAGGCAUUUCAGUGGAGCUCAGUGAUUAUCUAAUAUAGAUGCCUGGACACAAUUACCCAUGGUAUCAAAGCCUUACUGUUAAACCUCUCCUCUGACUUUUUCCAUGUGGUGACAGUGACACUACAACUUAUGACUGUUUAUGAAAUGUUUAUGAACAUAAAUGACUCUUUAUGACAGUUUUAAGUCAACUUCUGUUUUUUAAUGCCAGGGUAACAGUGUUAAGUCUUCAAUUUAAUUGACGGCAAAUAAAAUAGUAUUCAAUUUUCUAAUA